AUGACAACAUUUCAGAAUGGCUGCGGAAAUGGCACCACUGUUACCUGUGUAGUAAUGGAUAAUAAAGAACCAAGAAGUAUAACUAGCAAUGGGGGAUGCUAUAGCCACAACAGUGCUGAAGAGGAAAUACAAGAUGACCAUCUCAGCCCUUCAAAAAUCAUGCGCUUUUUCUCUACCCCUAGGAAACGAACUACCUCCAACUCAGAAAGGCCUCGUUCUCUGAUUGUGAUGAGCAGCUCUUCAACGUGGAAUGCUUUGUCUUCCAUUAGAAAAAUGGGAUCUUUCAAGAAAUUAAAAUCUUCAGUUCUUCAAGGAAUUCAGGCCAGAGAGAGCUCAGAUGUCUUAAAUGAGAACACUGUGGGAAAACAUGUCUCGAAUGGUGCAGUGGUGAGAGUUCAGACUAACCGGUAUUCUUAUUCGGGGCCUUUACAUGAUUCCCAUAAUGCAGUGGAUGGUUUGGCUUCUGAUUGCUCUGAUGUAGAGGAAAGUGAUGAUUCCUUCCUGAGGAAUACUCACCGAUCACGCAGUAUCAGACGCGCCUAUGGUGUUGGCCGCAUCAAUUUAUUAGACACCGAUAAAAUUCAGAGUCAGCAGAACUGCACGAGGCCAACGUCUCCCAUCACCCAGGAGCCAAAGAUCUGUGAAAUUUUAGUGAAAGAUCCUGAAAACAACAGGAUUAUCUACAGGAGAAGCAAAAGCACAGAUAGCUUAAACUUUCUGAAAAAGAGCUCGUUCAAACGAAAGUCCACCUCAAAUCUCACUGACCUCAAGAUUGCAAGUGAAAAGCAAGUGCCACAAAGGACAGUAAGCACUUCCUCUGCUGACUCCGACAAAACCAGUGGAAACCCAGAGAGACGGUCAAAACGCUGGAAGAGCCCUAUCAGAGCAAAGGAUUUUGACAGAGUUUUGAAACUUGUAAGCAAUGUUACAGAUGUUGCAUGGAAGAAAGAUGGUCCUAUGAGCACGACGACUCCUCUGAACGAACAAAACCAGAGAACAAGGCCAAACAGCAGACUACAUGACGACUACUCCCGCAGGGUUUCUAGUAGCAAUGAAAAUGACAGACGGAGGUGCAUUUCCCCUGUGUGCAGUCCAGAUUCUACCUUUUCUGGAACUCCGCAUCUUCAUAGUCCAACUGUUUCUCAGGAUACAGACACUGAAACAAAUGUAUUUACUGGUGAGGCCAACAGCUUCAGGACAUUAUCAUGUGUCUUAGAUGAUGUUCGUUCCUCACACGCUUUUAACGACUUUAGUGCACUUCCUAAUGAAGUGUUUUAUGUAGACUCUGAUGAACCAAAAAGUACCAGCCAGUUUACGUGUGAAUCUGAGCAACCUAGCAUUCCUCUUAGGCCCACUGCCCCUAAACCUCAGAGCCCCAGUGCUGAGAAGGUCAAGUGCAAUAUUAAUUUCCAUUGCCCGGAUCGUCACAGUACAUUGUCACUGAGCUCAAUGGAAAGCGAGGAAAGAGUUGAGUUACCUGCUCCGAAGUUGGGGAGAAAUCCUGUUUGCCUCCAGGACUCAGUGCAAACUGGGUACUAUGAUGAUGGAAAUGAAGACAGUGGCAUAAGCAGCCACUCUCAGCUGAGCCUCAAUUUAGCUUCUGGUACCGAAGAAAAGAAGGAAGAGGUAAGAAGGAAAGUUGUUAUUGAUGACCAGUGGAGGAUGUCCCCAUCCCAGGAUGAAGAAAGGACAGAUGCACAAAAGUUCACUCCCAGAAGAUGGGGCUCUGGAAAAAGAUCUCGGCCAAGGCCACUCUCAGACUAUGGUCAGUUGGCAAUCAGGAGUUUCUCAAUACCAGAAGAUUCAGUUGCAGUGGAGUCUCAGAAAACAGACUGUGUAGAUGAUGAAAGUCAGCCUGGAUUGGCUUCUGUGGAGUCUACGGCUCAAAUCAGUACAGUAGGUCUCCAAAGAGGGCGAAAACGAAGACCCAUCUCUGUAAUAGGUGGGGUCAGUUUCUAUGGGAGCAGCCAGACAGAAGAAAUAGAAGAUCUGCUGACACAACCAAUAACACGGCCUCCUGUUCCAGCCCACCAAGUUCCCCCAUAUAAAGCUGUUUCAGCCAGGUUCCGGCCCUUCACCUUUUCACAAAGCACCCCCAUUGGCCUGGAUCGAGUGGGACGGAGGCGGCAAAUGAGAGCAUCUAAUGUUGUUACAGAUGGUGAAACUGAAUCUUCUGCCUUAGUUGAUGACAAUGGUAGUGAGGAGGAUUACAGUUAUGAGGAGCUCUGCCAACCCAGCCCUAGAUACCUGCAGCCUGGAGGGGAACAGCUAGCAAUUAAUGAGCUAAUAAGUGAUGGCAGCAUGGUCUAUGCAGAGGCACUGUGGGACCACGUGACUAUGGAUGAUCAAGAGCUAGGCUUUAAAGCUGGGGACGUCAUCAGAGUCCUUGAAGCUUCCAACAAAGACUGGUGGUGGGGAAGAAAUGAAGACAAGGAAGCCUGGUUUCCAGCUAGCUUUGUCAGGCUACGAGUUAAUCAGGAAGAACUUGGAGAAAAUUGUGGUAGCAUCCAGGAUGAAGAGCAACAUGCAGAUGCUAGCAAACAUCGCCAAAAAAUUGCUGAAAACAAGGAUCAGAUGAGAACCAAUGUGAUACAAGAAAUAAUGAACACGGAGAGAGUCUAUAUCAAACAUCUCAAGGACAUCUGUGAGGGAUAUAUUCGGCAGUGUCGUAAACAUACAGGAAUGUUCACCAUGGCUCAGUUAAACACCAUUUUUGGAAACAUUGAAGAUAUUUACAAAUUCCAAAGAAAGUUUCUGAAAGAUCUUGAGAAACAGUACAACAAAGAGGAACCUCAUUUAAGUGAAAUAGGAUCCUGCUUUCUUCAACAUCAAGAAGGUUUUGCCAUCUACUCAGAGUAUUGUAACAAUCAUCCCAGUGCCUGCCUUGAGCUUUCCAACCUAAUGAAACAGAGCAAAUACCGUCACUUCUUUGAGGCCUGUCGCCUGCUUCAGCAGAUGAUUGACAUUGCUAUUGAUGGCUUUCUCCUUACACCUGUUCAGAAGAUCUGCAAAUACCCUCUUCAGCUUGCAGAGUUACUCAAAUAUACUACCGAAGAGCACGGUGAUUAUAACAAUAUACAGGCAGCGUAUGAGGCCAUGAAGAAUGUAGCAUGCCUCAUCAAUGAGCGCAAACGAAGGCUGGAAAGCAUAGACAAGAUUGCACGCUGGCAAGUAUCUAUUGUUGAUUGGGAGGGGCAGGAUGUUUUAGCCAGAAGCUCAGAACUGAUCCACUCGGGCGAACUGACCAAAAUCUCAAAGCAAGGCAAAAGCCAGCAGAGGAUUUUUUUCCUUUUUGACCAUCAGCUUGUGUUCUGUAAAAAGGACCUGCUGCGACGGGACAUGUUAUAUUACAAAGGUCGGAUUGAUCUGGAUGAGAUGGAACUUGUGGACAUUGAGGAUGGCAAAGAUAAGGACUUUAACAUUAAUAUCAAGAAUGCUUUCAAAACUGUGAAUAGAGCAACAGAAGAGGUUUAUUUGUUUUGUGCAAAAAAACCGGAAGAUAAGAAAAGGUGGCUGGAGGCAUGUGAAAAUGAAAGGCGAAGAGUGCAGGAAGACAAAGAAAUGGGAAUGGAAAUCUCAGAAAAUCAAAAGAAACAAGCCAUGCAAAAUGCGAGAAAAUCAAGGCAUGGAAAAAUUAAAGGUGAUUAUAAUGGAUGUCCCAUGCCUCCUCCACACCAGAGUUUACAUCCUAUUCAUCAACGCCACAUCACUGUCCCCACCAGCAUUCCACAGCAGCAGGUCUUUGCCCUGGCAGAACCCAAACGAAAGCCAUCCCUUUUCUGGCACACCUUCAACAAACUUACCCCAUUCAAGAAAUGA